AUGGAUGGACCGGAGGUAUUCAGUGUUGCUGGCCUCAAGAGAGGAUCUGAUUAUGACGGUGAUAGAAGCUUGAACUCCCAGGCCAUCAACUUCUUAAAUUCUCAGCACCAACAGUCAUACCAGCGGGUGGUUGACUUCGAUCUUCACGCAGUCUUCUUAAUGCAAGAAUUUCGAGCAGAAGAUACCAUUCAACAAAUCAUUACUAUGAUCAGCACCACUUUCACCGAAGAAUACCCACCAAAAAACACCCUCCAACAGCAGUUGGUUAAUGCAGCCAAAUUAGUCAACCAAAGGAUCCAAAACUACGAACAGCAACCUCACAUGCUGAAGCCAUUUUGCCUCAGGUUCCCAACUUACAGUGAUGUUCUUAAGCAUUGUAUGGAGUUGCAGGAUAAAUGUGAGGUAUUACCAAACGAUAAAAUGGUUAUUCUGAUUGAUGAGGGGGGUGUAUGUGUUGGAGUUGGACUUCCUCCAAAGCCCCAAUCCACUCAGAGCAUACAUACCCCUCGAGAUCCACUUUCGGCUGGAGCUGCAGACAAAACAAUCAAGUUUGCCACCUAUAGCAUCAAGAAAAUUGACCUACAAGGCCACGGGGACCAUUGGAAAUCCGAUCCCAAGCCCAAUCUUCCAGAACCACUCAGAUCCGACCCUGGGUCCUACAAUGCGAGGCCUGGAAGCGCAGUGAAGUACUUGGAAAAGAAGGCAUCAACCACGGUGAAAGAGUCUAUUCAGGUAGAAAAAAAUAUAAUCAUUGCAGGCUUGCACGGGUAUUCCUUUCACGGUCCAUUUCGCAUUCUCUUCCAAGGUGUUUCCCAGUUCCACUUCACAGAAGACAUUACAGACCCGAGACGAUAUUCAGUUGCCAUGUGGAGCCGAGCCUCCUCUUUUUCUGCAAUUGCUCGAUUUUCCGCACAUGACAAUGGAAAUGAGAAGUUUAGCGAUGAUAAAUAUUGGCUCCCACUUUAUCCUGAAUACAACCCUAAAAUUACUUCAGAUCUCCUCAAAGCUGAAGUGAAAAUUGCCAAGAAAGAAGCCAAGAAAGAAUCCAAAAAGAGACAAAAAACCGAAAACUAG